UUAAAUUUUUCCACAUCCAGGUGUUUAUUAUUGAAAAGAUUAAAAAGAAUAUAUUACCUACUAAUAAACUAUAGGAAAAAAUGUACUAAUUAAGUUUUAUUACAAAAAUCACUUUAUAGCUUAAUUUUAAUGAUCACUACACAUAGGUUGAUGUUCAAAGUAAUAUAAAAGUGCGAUAUACACAGUGAGGGAUUCAGUUGUAAUUUGUCAAUUGAAGAGAUCAUCAAAUUAAAUUAGUACUAAUGUCGCAUAAUUGUAAAAGAUUUGUGGGAAAAGUGGCUGUUUUAACAGGAUCCACAGAUGGCAUUGGACUAGCCAUUGCCAGAAGAUUAGGACAGGAAGGAGCAAAAGUAGUUGUGAGUUCCCGAAACAUUGAAAAUGUGAACAGAGCUGUUGAAGAACUUCGUAAAGAGAAUAUUGAAGUUAUCGGAGUGAAAUGCCAUGUAUCCAAUAAAGAAGAACGAGCAAAUUUAUUACAAGAAGCAAUUAAUAAUUUCGGAGGAAUCGACCUAAUAGUAGCUGCAGUUGGUGUUAAUCCUUUUAUUGGAUACAUAACAGAAUGCCCUGAAAGUGCUUUCGAUAAGAUAUUUCAAGUUAAUGUAAAGGAUUCUUUUCUCAUUGCCAAAGAAGUUAUUCCUCAUAUGAAGAAACGCGGCGGAGGAAGUAUUCUUUUUCUAUCUUCGAUUGCCGUUUACAAGGAUACCCCACUUAUUGGCGCAUAUUCAUCUUCAAAAACGGCUAUUUUGGGACUCACUAAAGCAUUUUCCAGAGCUGUCGUUGCGGACAACAUUCGCGUUAAUUGCCUAGCUGCUGGAAUAACUGAUACAAAAUUUAUAGCUAGGUAACUAAUCUCUCUUCCUGCAGCCAAUGAAGGUCUCGGAAUUCUAUUCUGCGGUUAAAUAUGACACACCAAUGAAGAGAAUAGCACAACCGGAUGAAAUGGCAGGACCAGCCGCCUUUCUCCUCUCAGAUGAUGCUAGUUUCAUUACAGGAGAAAUUGUAAUUGCAGCAGGAGGAACACAAAGUCGUUUAUAGGAAAUCUUAUAAGGUUAAACAAAAAACUCUUUGACUCUUAAUAGAAUAAAGAAAUCUUUAAAUAAACAUUUUCUUGUUAAAA